AUGAAAGUCAGGAAACUGAUACGAGACAUUGCCAAUGACACCAAGGAGGAUAAGUCUGGUUCUUGCAACAUGAAGAUAGGAGUCUGUAAUGGAGAAUGUGAUGUAUCAGGGGAUCUCAAAGGAAGUGAUGAAUGUAGAAUAUACUGGUUUACGGCACAAGGUGUGAUUGAAUCGGUAGACUUUAAUGGCACCGACCGUCGCGUUCACUUCAACUCAACGUCGCAAGUGUACCGGAUCAGAGUUAUCCGAAAGUUUGGUGACGUCAUGUACUUUGGCGACAUAGAGCGCAAAGGACUCGGAGCCAUCAAUUUAACAUCCGGAGAAGAGGUUGCUUAUGCGAGUGAGCUGCAGAAAAAAGGGGGAGGGGUCUUGGACAUAGAUCUCGUGAUGGGAUUGGACAUUGUUUAUACCGAAUUUGUUGAUUAUUGCUGCAUGUGGACCUGUGAAGGGGGAGGUACCUGUGUCAAUCACGAGACUGAAGCUAGGUGUAUCUGCACACCCACUUUGAACGGCACACGAUGCGAACUCGAUGUUGACGAAUGUUUGUCGGACCCGUUUCCAUGCGAUCUAUCACACGGAGUUUGCAACAACACAUACGGGUCCUACUUCUGUGGCUGCGAAAGCGGCUACUGGAUAAUCUCGGGAAUCAAAUGUAUUGAAGCAUAUAUCUGCGAUGGUGAUGAUGCGUGUCUGAAUGGAGGUACUUGCAAUAAUGAUUCGUGUGCCUGCAUGUAUGGGUUUAUCGGCAAUAACUGUGAAUUCGUUGACUGUGAUAUUAAUCCCUGUAAAAUUGGAUCAACGUGUAGCAACGAUUUAUGCCAAUGCCCACCAGGGUUCAAAGGCAGUACAUGUGAAUCAAUUGAUUGCAACAUCGACCCAUGCAUGAACGGGGCUGUUUGUGAAAGCGACUCAUGCACCUGCCCCGACGGAUACAUAGGCCUUACGUGUUGGUAUAAGGUUCCACGGACCGUUCACAACGUGACGUUCUUCGACGCGGAUCCUCAAUAAUGCUACCAAUUUAACUGAACUGAGACUUAAACAAGAUUAAUGAUGAAUGAAGAUCAUAUUAGAACCGACAAACUUUUUUUUCUCUCUCUCUCUCAAAGGAACACAAAAUUCAAAACAGAGUUAACCGGUGAAUCCGGCCAUCGAUCCAUUAGGGUAGUCUGAAUAUCAAAUUCGGUUUGUAAAAAAGGUUGGUAAAAUAUGAUGAUCAUUUCAUGCAUCUUAAUAGAUAAAACAAGAAUGUCUUGACGCAUAGACCGACUGAGACGUGAUAUGUCUUAAUUGGCAAGUUAUCAUAUGAAUGUUAUAAGGAUUAGAAGGAAAUAAGUCAUCAUUGUCAUUCAUGAUUGUAGUAAAUGUUAUAACAAUACACUGCAAAAACUCUGGUGUUGACUUAACACCAGCCCGGAAUCUAUAUAUGUCCACAUCAGAGAAGUGUUAAACAACACCAAUUUCGUUUUGGUCUAACACCAGAUAGGUGUUUAUACAACACCGAUUAGUAUCAAGACAGCAUCGGUUUGAUUCCAAGCUGGUGUUAUUUCAAUACAUCUCUGGUGAGGACAUAAUAUAGAUUCCGGGCUGGUGUUAAAUCAACACUGGAGUUUUUGCAGUGUACAAUUAUUUAUGAUCAAAUCAUCAUUGCCACUUUCAAGUGGGUCACCUCAUGUGGCUAAAUUUCUUUCCUAUUUGAUACAUCGAAUGGAGUUAAGGAACACGCCGACAGUUUGUCGUUUGUGACACUCAAAUAAAGUCUUAAAGAAAGAAGAA